AUGGCGCAAUCCGUAGCGAUCCCCGGUCAAUAUCUGGGCCCCGCAGACAAGUACGUCGCCGGCCCUGGGACACACAUCUAUAAUUCGAACCUCUACUCGUCGCUGUUAGGAACCAUAGCCGUCGCAGCGCCCGAGAAGGCGACGUUGGGUCCAGCGAAGCGACUCACUAGGAUCCCUGUGUUGGGUUCGAACAGCAAUAAUAGCAAUAGUGGAAGUGGCGGCAACAACAACAGCAGUAGCGGUGUCUCUAGUACCAGCACACUGCCGAUGAUAUCCGUGUCGCAAAUCGGCAUCGUAGAGAAGCGCGAAGUACUGCCGGAGGUAGGCAACGUGGUGCUGUGCCGUGUUACGCGCAUAACGCCCCGUCAUGCCACCGUUGCGAUACUUGUCGUCGGUGAAACCGUGCUGGAGGCCGAGUGGCAGGGUAUGAUCCGGUCACAGGAUGUUCGGGCUACGGAGAAGGAUCGGGUCAAGAUAUACGAGAGUUUCCGCCCCGGUGAUAUUGUGAGGGCGCAGGUGAUAUCGCUAGGUGAUCAGGCGAAUUAUUACCUCUCGACUGCGAGCAACGAGCUUGGCGUUAUCAUGGCCACGAGCGAGGCCGGAAACACCAUGUACCCCGUCAGCUGGAAGGAGUAUAAAGACCCGGAGACAGGGCUUAGCGAGUCCCGGAAGGUGGCUAAGCCUUUUUGA